GUUUGUUUGUUCCAGGAUUGUGGUGAGGAGCAACAGAGGAGGAGUUCAGGAUGAUGGACUCACUUCCACCCAGCGGCUGUGUCAGUUCACCCGACCCCGACUACAACUACAACAACUCACAGGUCACGACUCGGUGUGAAGGAGGGAUAAAGAGCAUCGGCUUGACGUCAGGCUUGUUCUGGUGCCGUAACAACACCAUCAUCAUUAUCAUCUACCGCUACUUGAGAGAUACCUCGACCUCACCUCGACCUCACGGACCUCUCCUCUGCUACAGCCGGAUGCCUUCAUAAGUCUCUUCAACUCUCUCCUCGACGCCUCAACGCCUCCACGACUAUCAAGAUGGCCAAUUCCAUCUACGAAUACCUCUCCAAGGCACCGCUCUGGCUGCUUGUCGUCGUCGCCCUCGUCCUUGCUCGUCAUCUGUCUCAAGUCUACGCCAGAUAUCGCAUCAGACAGCUAGGCUUCCAGGCGCCCCGACGCGUCUCCUACUUCCCCUUUUCUCUCGACUUUGUCGUCCAGGGUGUGCGCCAUGCCAUCAAGCAUGAGAACCUGGCCAUGUGGAACCGCAUCAUGCGCGAGUAUGGCAACCCGAAGAACCCAUGGACCGUCGAAGCAAACGCUGCCGGCCAACGUGUGAUCCUCACUGCGGACCCGGACAACGUCAAGGCUAUCCUCGCCACUCAAUUCAGCGACUAUGGGAAGGGCAAGACGUUCAACGAAGAAUGGCAUCCGUUCCUCGGGGACUCCAUCUUUACCACCGACCACGGCCAGUGGCACCAGAGCCGCCAGCUCAUCCGUCCGCAAUUCGUCAAAGACCGGCUCAGCGACAUCCACGUCUUCGAGAAACACUUCCAAGCCCUCCUCCCCCACCUCGGCGGCCAGGGCCAGAAAAUCGACAUUGCAGACCUCUUCUUCCGCUUCACCCUCGACGCCGCCACCGACUUCCUCCUCGGCCACAGCGUCGACUCGCUCGACAACGCCCAAACCCGCUUCUCCACCGCCUUUGCCGAAGUCCAGCGCAUCCAGUCGCUCAUCUCCCGCAUGGGCCCCAUCAACUGGAUGAUGCCGCGCAAGGCCUACAACGAGCACCUCCGCACCCUCAACGAAUUCGUCAACCCCUUCAUCGAACGCACCCUCCGCCUCUCCCCCCAGGAAAUCGAAGAAAAGGGCAAAUCCGACGACGGCUACACCUUCCUCCACGCCCUCGCCGGCCACACGCGCGACCGCAAAGUGCUCCGCGACCAGCUCAUCGCCGUCCUGCUCGCCGGCCGCGACACCACCGCCUGCACCCUCUCCUGGCUCUUCUACGAGCUCUCCAACAGCCCCGCCACCGUCGCCAAACUGCGCGCCGAAAUCAAAGACGUCGUCGGCUUCUCCGCCACACCCACCUACGCGAACCUCAAAUCCAUGAAAUACCUCCAGUACACCCUCAACGAAACCCUCCGCCUCUACCCCGUCGUGCCCUACAACGUCCGCGUCGCCCUCAAGGACACCACCUUGCCCUCCGGCGGCGGGCCCACAGGUACCUCCCCCAUCGGCGUCCUCGCAGGCACCCCCGUCGGCUACAGCACCCUCGUCAUGCAGCGCCGCCCAGACAUCUACCCGCCUACCUCCCCCGAUUUCGCACCCCCUGAAUCCUUCUCCCCCGACCGCUGGGCCAAGUGGACCCCGAAGAGCUGGUCGUAUAUCCCCUUUAACGGCGGCCCGCGCAUCUGUAUCGGUCAGCAGUUUGCACUCACGGAGAUGGGAUACACGGUUGUGCGCAUUUUGCAGCGCGUCCAGCGCGUGCAGAAUCUGGGUACGGGUGUGCCGAAGUUGAAGGCGGAGAUUGUGUUGCAGCCUGAGGGCGGGAUUCAGGUUGGGCUGUGGGAGGGGGAGGGGGAUGGGGACGGGGAGGGGGUGGGGGAGAAGAGCGGCUAG